AAGGCGAUUGUGUAUGAGUCGUGCAAUGGACACGACAUCAUCCUGCUCGUAUAUCCACCAAUCCACACAUGGAAGGUGUCUGCAUCGCUGCAGGUGCAAACCGACGGCGAGUGCCACGCGAAAAGCAUCAAGCCGAUGGAUUCUCGAACAAAAGCGUUGCAACAAUGUGCCGAGCGCCGUUCCGGCAAUUGCGGUGCGCAGGAAAGUCAUCAGCAUGUUCGCCCGUUGCUUUUGUUUCCACAGCUUAGGUUCAAACGCGAGAAGGGGAAUGCCUGGUACGCCGCAAUCGUCGUACCUGAUCCUCGGUGGAUCUUUGUCGAGCGCCCCCACGUGAUGCCGUGGCAGCUCGCUUCGGCAUUCAGAACACCGCGGAAUUUCGCAUCGAAUACUGGGACAGAUCUCCUUCAAUCGGCACACCUUGUCGCAUCCAAUCACGUCUAUUCCUAUUCACGCGUAAGUGCAAUCUUCUUUGUUCAACCUUUUGGGAAUCCACAGUCUGGCGGCACGAGGACGAAAAGUUUUAUUGGCGUUGCCGUAAGCCGUAUGCAGUCACUGCGUAGUGGCAUAUACAUAUGGAUCCCUCGACGCCAUUUCCUACUGCAGAACAGGUGUAAUGUUCGCGAGGAUGCACACAGCCUCGUCGCAAAGACGAGAACCGAGCGUGAGCCGACCAUGCAGCCAUCAACGACGACGCUAUUACCCCACAAAUUGGCGAUCCUAGAGUCUCGUUUCCCCGCCUUCUUACCACGUUGGAUCACCAGGCCACACACUUUCGACCUGCCGCUGCACCAGGCCUCUGACUUGCAUGACGCCCAGUCUCGUCUACGGUCAAGUCUUGUGUGUCGUUUAUUGCCUCUUUCUGCACUGAGGCCCUGAAAUCAUGCACGUAAUACUGGGUACUGCCGGCUUGGAUGAUGCCCAAAAACUGCGUAACCUCAAGCCAUCCGCUCAUCUUGCAGGGUAUACGUCAGUAACGCCCAGUUUCAGUAGCCUCGGCGGUCUUGCAAUGAUGACCCUAGAGGUACCUCAUGUACCGACCAGGGUAACGUUGCAGCCAUAAGCAUAAGGAGACGGUUCUCAUCGGCAGUUCCUUGGCCAUGGUUACUUUUCUUCUCCACAUGUGGAUUCUGGUCCCACAAAGACAGCAGAAGAGCAGGGAAAAUCUAGAAGAUCCACUCCAACAUCUGAAAAGUCCACCUU